UUAAGUCGUCGUUUUCCUCUCUCUUUGUUUCUUCGUUUCUCUGUAAAUGGAGAGAGACCGAAGGAGAGAAAUCUGGUAGAACAAAGUCUCCGUCCAUGGCGACUCCGCAGUCGAAGAUCGUAGAGAACAAAGCAACGUCAAUGGAGAAGUCAAAGUGGACGGAGGAUGAAGAGGAGGACGAGUUCGAGGAGUGCGUAGAAGAUCAAAAUGGUUCUGUCUCGCCUGUGCUUGAAGAUGGCUUAGACAGCAAUGAGCUCGAGAAAAGGAAGGUCGCACUCAUGAGAGCUUUCGUUGAAAGAGAAGAUCCCUCUGCUAAGGAUGUGGAUGAUUUCAUGAUCCGAAGGUUCCUUCGAGCUCGAGAUUUAGAUAUAGAGAAGGCUUCUGCCAUGUUUCUGAAGUACCUGACCUGGAGACGAUCAGCUAUUCCUAAUGGAUUUAUAUCAUUGUCUGAGAUAUCAAACAAUAUCGCGCACAACAAGUUGUUUAUGCAAGGUGUUGAUAAGAAGGGACGUCCUAUUGUAGUUGGCUUUGGGGGCAGGCACAAACAAGGAAAUAUGGAAGAGUUUAUUCGUUAUGUAAUCUUUGUUCUAGAGAAAAUAUGUUCCAGAAUGCCAAGAGGGCAGGAAAAAUUUGUGUGUAUCGGCGACCUUCAAGGAUGGGGAUACUCUAAUAGCGACAUUCGGGGAUAUCGAGCAUCUCUAUCGAUCUUGCAGGAUUGUUACCCAGAGAGGCUGGGAAAGUUAUAUAUCGUCCAUGUUCCAUACAUAUUCAUGACGGCAUGGAAGAUGGUCUACCCAUUUAUUGACAAGAAAACCAAGAAGAAGAUAAGCUUUGUGGAGGAUAAAAAGCUUCGAUCCACGCUGCUUAGUGACAUUGAUGAGAGCCAAGUCCCUGAUAUAUAUGGAGGCAAACUUCAGCUAAUUCCCAUUGAAGAUUACUAGCUGGUCCGAACACUCGUGGAUAAAAAAAAGACGGCUAAAUCUCUUCAAAUUUGCAACAGAUGAACCACUUUCUCUCCUCCUGUAUUCUCUCUCUACUUUCUCUUACUUUAUUUCCUACUUGUUGGUAACCGCAACGUUCAAUAAGGUUAGUCUAGUAUAGUAAUUUAACCUUUUAAAGGGUAAAGAACUCUCUUUAGUAUUGUAGGAAUUGGAUUCAUAUCUAUGAUACUGAAUUCAAAGAUAAUUUAUUCUUCUUAUAUCUU